AUGACUCAAACACUUGGCAAGACACCACCUACAUUUAAAAAAGAAAUUUCACCUGGACGUGUGCUUACAAUGACAGCCGAUGGUACAGGUCUCUCGGUUCUGGAUCCUUGGUUGUCUCCCUUUAACGAUGCUUUAAGAGAAAGAUAUGCUACAUUCCAAAAGUAUGACGAACAAAUCAAGAACACAUUAGGCUAUGAAGAAUUCACAAAGGGUUAUGAAUAUUUUGGUUUCCAUGUCCAACUUGAUAAUAGUAUUAUCUAUCGAGAAUGGGCACCUAAUGCAGUUACUGCUAGUUUGGUUGGUGAUUUCAACAACUGGGACGUAAAUGCCAAUGUCAUGACGCGUAACCAAUUUGGUGUGUUUGAAAUUGUUGUUGAACCUACAAAAGACAAAAAGGUGGCCAUUCCUCAUGGAAGCAAAGUGAAGAUUACCAUGACUUUGCCACAUACUGGGGAACGUAUCUAUCGCUUGCCUGCCUGGAUCAAUUAUGUAACACAGGACCUGAAUGUUAGUGCUACCUAUGAUGCUAUCUUUUGGAAUCCUUCCAAGAAAUACACCUUCAAGAAUCCUCGUCCUAAGAGACCCAAAUCAAUUCGUGUUUAUGAAGCGCAUGUUGGUAUCUCAUCUCCCGAGCCUCGUUGUGCAACUUAUAAAGAAUUUACCAAAAAUGUGUUGCCUCGUAUUGCUUAUGACGGAUACAAUACAAUCCAACUUAUGGCUGUUAUGGAACAUGCUUACUAUGCUUCUUUUGGCUACCAAGUGACUUCUUUCUUUGCUCCUUCCAGUCGUUAUGGUACACCCGAAGACUUGAAAGAAUUGAUUGAUACAGCACACGGAUUGGGCAUCACUGUAUUGCUGGAUGUUGUUCACUCUCAUGCAUGCAAGAAUGUCGCUGAUGGUUUAAAUAUGUUUGAUGGGUCAGAUCACUGUUAUUUCCAUGAAGGAGGUAAAGGUCGCCAUGACCUUUGGGACUCUCGUUUGUUCAACUAUGGUCACUAUGAAGUAAUGCGUUUCUUGAUGUCUAAUUUGAGAUACUGGAUGGAUGUCUUUAUGUUUGACGGUUUCCGUUUUGAUGGUGUUACUUCUAUGUUGUAUAAGCAUCAUGGUAUUGGUUAUGGCUUCUCUGGCGAUUAUCAUGAAUACUUUGGCGAUAAUGUUGACGAUGAAGGUGUUAUGUAUAUUCAACUUGCCAACCAUUAUUUACACGAGAAAUACUCAGAAGUAAUUACCAUUGCUGAAGAUGUCUCUGGUAUGCCUGGUUCAUGUCGCCCCGUGCAUGAAGGAGGUUUAGGCUUUGACUACAGACUUUCAAUGGCUAUUCCUGAUAUGUGGAUUAAAAUGCUUAAAGAAGAAUCAGACGAUGAUUGGAAGAUGGGCCAUAUCGUUCAUAUCUUGACUAACCGUCGUUACCUCGAAAAUACCAUUGCUUACUGUGAGUCACAUGAUCAAGCACUUGUAGGUGACAAGACGUUAGCUUUCUGGCUUAUGGACAAGGAAAUGUACACCAACAUGAGUGACUUAACACCUCUUACACCUAUUAUUGACCGUGGUAUGUCCUUGCACAAAAUGAUUCGUAUGAUCACACAUGCCCUUGGUGGUGAAGGCUAUCUUAACUUUGAAGGUAAUGAAUUUGGUCACCCUGAAUGGCUUGAUUUCCCCCGUGCUGGUAAUGACUCUAGUUUCCAAUAUGCCCGACGUCAAUGGAAUGUUCUUGAUGAUCACUUGCUUCGUUACAAGUAUUUGAAUGAAUGGGAUCGUAGUAUGCAGUUUGCAGAAGAGAAAUAUGGCUGGUUACAUAGUCCUCAAGCUUAUGUGUCUAGAAAGAAUGAAGGUGACAAAAUCAUUGUGUUUGAGCGUGGUGGUAUCUUGUUUGUCUUCAAUUUCCAUCCUACACAAUCCUUUGCUGACUACCGUAUUGGUGUUGAAGUUGCUGGUAAAUACAAGAUCGUUUUGAAUUCAGACGAUAAGCAAUAUUUGGGCCAUGGAAGAGUUGAUAACAGUACUGAAUUCUUUACUACACCUGGAGAUUGGGACAAUAGACCCAACUGGAUUCAAGUCUAUAUUCCUAAUCGUACUUGUUUGCUUUUAGCUCCCAUUCAAUAA